AUCUGCAUGACCUCUGUUCCUCUCUCAUCAUCUAGAGAGAGAGAGAGAGAGAGAGAGAGUUUGACAGAAAAAUGGAGUCUCUUCUCUUUACCAAACUCUUCUUCCAUGGUGGUCUCCUUUAAUUUAAUUUACAUUUUUGCCAUUCAUCCUCUCUGUAUCCAUACAUACACAAACAUAUAUAUACUUAUAUACAAUACAAAUAUAUAAUAUAUUAAUCUCUACAUAAUAUAAUAUAAUACUAUAUAAAACAUCACCUUCCUUCCUUUACUCUCUCUCUCUCUCUACCCCUCUAAGUUUCCCCACAUCUCAACUGCAAUCUCAACAUCACCAUCUUUAUGGUGAUUUGAAUUAGAGUUGGUGAUUCCAUGAAACAAAUGUAUCCAUUAUGUUGUAUAUCACUAGAAAGUUCGGCGAUCGGAAAUGACUCGCCGGAGCCGAUGACAACAACAUUGUCAAGGUCUUUUUCCGUUGCCGACAUGAGAUCCGAUGGCAAUGCAGUUGGAUGGCCAUCUUUUGGAUCUGACAAUAUUACUUGUAGUAGUAAUAAUAAUAAUAAUAAUAGUAAUAAUAACAAUAGUUUUGCUGGUGUGUUAUACAAAUGGACUAAUUAUGGUAAAGGAUGGAGAUCUAGGUGGUUUGUUUUACGUCAUGGGGUUCUUUCUUAUUCCAAGAUUCUUCCGCCGGAAAAUGUUGCCGCUGCCGGUGAUGAACUCAGGUUCAUCGGAAAUGUGUCUUCCGGUAGACUUAAAAGGUUUGAUAGUUGUGGUGGGAGUAGAAGGAAUAAGCAUCAAAAAACUCAUGGAAUUGUUCAUUUAAAGAUCUCGUCAUUUCGAGAGAGUAGAUCGGAUAGUAGACGGUUCUAUAUAUUCACUGCUACAAAGACACUUCACUUACGGACUAGUUUGAAGGAAGAAAGAGUUGCUUGGAUUGAAGCUUUGGCCUCUGCUAGGAAUCUGUUUUCUCUAAGAAGAUUGAAUGAUAAAUUACCCAUUUCACCUACUGAUAUAUCGCUUUCAACUGAAAAAUUGAAGCAACGUUUACUCGAAGAAGGCACAAGUGAGGUACUAGUCAAAGACUGUGAGCAGAUUAUGCUCUCAGAGUUUUCUGAAAUUCAAGGGCAAGUUAGGGCUCUUUGUGAAGAGCGUUCGAGUUUGCUUGACACCUUGAGGCAACUAGAGGCUGCUAAUAUUGAAACUGAAGCCUCUGGAGUUCCUGAAGGCGGGUAUCAGUUGACACAACACGAGUUUUCAGAUAUUGGACGUGGAAAAUAUAGUGAAUGGAGUACAACUGAAUCAUCUGAAGAUGCGGAGAAACAAGAUUAUGAAGAAGCUUCAGAAGAUGAGGAAACACACUUUUUUGACACAAAAGAACAUUUCCUUGAUUCAAUAAACCAGUCUGAUGUUAUGGAUGAAAACAAUACCAACAAGUUGCAAGUUGAAAGACGAAAGAAGCUUCCGGAUCCAGUUGAAAAAGAAAAGGGGGUUAGUUUAUGGUCUAUGAUUAAAGACAAUGUUGGGAAGGAUCUCACCCGAGUAUGUCUACCUGUUUAUUUCAACGAGCCCAUUUCAUCUCUUCAAAGAUGUUUUGAAGACCUUGAGUACUCUUAUCUUCUAGACCGUGCAUAUCAACUUGGAAAAGAGGGAAACAGUCUUCAAAGACUCUUAAAUGUUGCUGCAUUUGCAGUUUCUGGGUAUGCUUCUUCUGAAGGUAGGCAUUGUAAACCGUUCAAUCCUUUAUUAGGGGAAACUUAUGAAGCUGAUUAUCCAGAAAGAGGAGUAAGGUUUUUCUCCGAGAAGGUUAGUCAUCAUCCAACUUUGAUAGCUUGCCAUUGUGAAGGAAGAGGAUGGAAAUUUUGGGGAGAUAGCAACAUAAGGACAAAAUUUUGGGGAAGAUCAAUUCAGCUCGAUCCGGUUGGACUUUUGACAUUGGAAUUUGAUGACGGUGAGAUCUUCCAAUGGAGUAAGGUCACCACCAGCAUUUAUAAUCUAAUUUUAGGAAAAGUUUAUUGUGAUCAUCAUGGAUUAAUGCAUAUACGUGGUAACCGAGAAUUCUCUUGCAAGCUCAGGUUUAAAGAACAAUCUAUUCUUGAAAGAAAUCCUCACCAGGUACAUGGGUUCGUCGAAGAUACAAGUGGUAAGAAACAUGCCACUUUAUUUGGAAAAUGGGACGAUAGCAUGUAUUAUAAAAUUGGAGAAGGAACCAGCAAGACAAAGGAUAUCGGUGAUGAAAAUUUACUGUGGAAACGAACUAUGGCCCCUGUUAAUCUCACUCGAUACAAUUUGACAUCCUUUGCUAUCACAUUGAAUGAAUUGACAUCAGGCUUGAAGGAGAAGCUUCCACCAACUGACUCAAGACUUAGGCCAGAUCAAAGGCAUCUGGAAAAUGGUGAAUAUGACAUGGCAAAUUCUGAGAAGCUACGAUUGGAGACAAGACAGAGAAUGUCAAGAAAACUACAAGAAAAUGGAUGGAAACCACGAUGGUUUGAAAAAGAAGGUGAACAUGGCACCUAUAAAUAUGUAGGUGGAUACUGGGAAAGAAGAGAAGAACGGAAAUGGGAGGAUUGCCCCAAUAUAUUUGGCGAAUUUAGUGAAGACCUUGUUAAUAAAUCCAUAGUCGGAACCUGAGUUCGUUAAGAGGGAAUUGUUCAAGAAAACUUAUACUAGUUCUUUGAGAUUCUUAUUGUGAAGAUAUGAAGAUUUUCAAACAUAUGGUUUGCAUAUGGAGAUAUGAACUCCAAAUGGUAAACCAUGUUCUUCACGGCGUAGCCUUUGUAAUUUCAUAUAUAGUGUAGCUGACAUAUUAGCAAAUUAAUUUAGAAGAGUCUGUUCUUGUAUUGUUUUGAAUGAUAGAAAUAAUGGAAAAAAAAAAAAAGAGUGAAAUGCCCGAAUUGUCUAAAGGAAUUGUUCAGAUAGUAGGUUUAAGAACUUGUUAGAGAAGAAUGUAUCUACGAAAAUUGUCAUAAGAAAUAGUUGUAUGAUCCAGCUUUGUGAAUGCAAUGCCAGCUUCAAGCGUGGCCAUUUUUUAA